GCUGAGAAGGAGAACCCAGAGCUGACUCAGGACAUCAUCAUGAAGAUCCUGGAGAAGAAAGUGGAGGUCAACUUCAUCGAGUCACUACUACGCAUGGCUGCAGGCGAUGUGGAAGAGUUCAUGAUUGACAGGCCUGAGCAGGAGUUCCGGGACUUGAAUGACAAGGCCCGGGCACUCAAACACAUCCUCAGCAAGAUCCCGGAUGAAAUCAACGACAGAGUACGCUUCUUACAGACCAUCAAAGAUAUCGCCAGCGCCAUAAAGGAACUCCUGGACACGGUCAACACUGUCUUCCGAAAAUACCAGUACCAGAACCGACGGGCACUGGAACACCAAAAGAAAGAGUUUGUGAAAUACUCCAAGAGCUUCAGCGACACACUUAAAACCUACUUCAAAGAUGGAAAGUAAGAACCUCAUCACAUCAUCCUCCAUGUUUCUGCCCUGCUGUUCUCUUCCAUGGCCCGUACAAUAUAUCACCCAUACAGGUUUAUAUCUGGCCCGUACAAUAUAUCACCCAUACAUACUGGUUUACAUCUGGCCCGUACAAUAUAUCACCCAUACUGGUUUAUAUCUGGCCCGUACAAUAUAUCACCCAUACUGGUUUAUAUCUGGCCCGUACAAUAUAUCACCCAUACUGGUUUACAUCUGGCCCGUACAAUAUAUCACCCAUACUGGUUUACAUCUGGCCCGUACAAUAUAUCACCCAUACUGGUUUACAUCUGGCCUGUA